AUAAGAAAAAAUACGACAGAAAAGCAAGCGUAGGUGAUUUUCAAGGCCAAGUUUUUCUCAAGAAGAAGAAGAAGAGAAAGCGCGAAAAAGACAAUAAGAAACAUGAAAACAGUGAAGAAGAAAAUAUACAAAAUGCAGAGCUUAGCCCUGCUUCUCCACCACUGUUUGAAGAUCAAGCAGCACAGAGGGAUGAAGGCUAUAAAAAGAAGAAAAAAACAAAAAGCAAGGGGGAGAAGCAACAGUCUUCACUAGAUAACUGUUGUGUAGGACUGGAACAUGAAAUUAGUAAUGAAACUGGAGUGGGUGUUUCCCCAAAGAAAAAGAGAAAAAAGAAGCGGAAGCGUAAUGAUAGUACGGAUGAGCAAAACGACAUAACUUGUGUCAGAGUGAACCAGCAUAACAGGGGCAGUUGUCAGGAGAUGGAAGCUGAUUACGUUUAUUUAAAACUACCUGCUGAGAGGAAAAGCGAAGAAAAAUUGCCUGAAGAGGAUGAGGUACCUGUGCUGCCUGCCUCAGAAACACACGAUGCCAACAACACGAAGAAAUCGAAAAAGAAGAAGAAGAAGAAAAGAGAGAGUUGUACCCAGGGUGUGCAAGAAGAUGUGGGUGUAACCAUUGAUGAGCCGCUGCUGCCGUCUCCAGGGCCGAGCAGGCCAGAGGAGAGCCCCACGGGAGAGGAGGGCCUGGCAGCGCCCCAGCAAUGGCGUGGGGAGGGUGACCGUGAUGCUGCUUCUGCUGUGAGUGAAAAUGGUUUGAAUGAACCCGCUCGUUUGCCAAAGACGACUAAAGCACCUGAUCAAGCUUCGCAAAAAACUCCAGUGUAUCCUAGGAAGGUGAUAAAAAGCCGUGCUUUUAUCACAGAAGACAGCUCUUCAGACUCUGAUGUGGCGACACCAGAACCUUCAGCAUCACACAGAAAGAAGGACCAGAGUAGUUCCCCUACUGAAAAGGCUGCCUCUGAUGAGCUUAGUCCGAAUGAUGAAGAGACCCUGGACUAUACCGUGUGUUCGUUUGUGGAUUUGGAUACUGCAAGAAAAGAAUUGGAAAAGUUUAUUCCUCACGUGAGAAAUAUAUCAGACAGCUCAAUCAGGAAAAUGGCUGGAAGAGACCUAGUGAGGUUUAAACAGUUCAAAAAACAAGGUAUUGCUGUCAAGUUUGGCAGAUUUACUGAGAAGGAAAAUAUUCAGAUCCGGAAAAAUGUUGAAGAGUUCUUAUCACUUACUGGAAUAGAUAGUGCUGAAAAACUUCUGUUCACAUCGAGGUAUCCGGAAGAUAAAGAAACUAUCAGUCGCUUAAAAGCAGAGCAUCUUUUUUGUGAAAAACUUGCUGAGGGCAUACCGCGACCCUGGAGGCUGAUAUAUUAUCGAGCAAGGAAGAUGUUUGACUCAAAUAAUUAUAAAGGGAGGUAUACAACAGAAGAAAAAGAAAAAUUAAAGAAGUAUCAUGCUAUGCACGGCAAUGAUUGGAAGAAGAUUUCUGAGAUGAUGUCCCGCUCUAACCUCUCAGUUGCUAUGAAAUACUCUGAAAUCAAGUCGCCUGUUAAUUAUGGUCCUUGGUCAAAGGAAGAGGUCCAGAAGUUAAUGCAUGCAGUGGAGGAGGUGAUUAGGAAAAGAGCAGAAGAUGAAGAUUCUCUUUCCUCGUCGGAAAAGUCAAAUAGAGAUCUCUUGAUUGACCGUGAGAAACUGUUGCACAAAUUACCAUGGUCUGAGAUUGAAAGUAAAGUGGGAACUCGAUAUUGGAGGCAAUGCAAACAGAAAUGGACUACGAUUUUAACAAACAAGAUGACCAAAGGGCAGCCAGUAUACCGGGGGACCAAAGGAUUACAGGCCAAGAUCAGUAUUAUUAAAAGGUUACAUGAGAUGAAAGUGGAAGACGCUAAUGAAGUAAACUGGGAAGAACUCAGUAAUAUAAUUGGGGAUGUCCCUAAAGGCUAUGUUCAAGCAAGAUUUUAUAAGUUAAAAGUCUCCUGUGUCCCUCUUUGGCAAAAAAAGACUUUUUCUGAAAUUGUUGAUUAUCUCUUUAAAAAGACGCUGCCAGAUCUUGAAGACAAAUUAGAAAAAAGGAAGGGGAAACAGCUUAGCUCUGAUGAUUUAACAGCCAGUCAACAGAAGAAGACUUUCCGACUCAGUGACAUUUUUGACUCCAGUGAAGACAGCGAUUAA